UGUUUGCGGAACUACAUGUGCGUCGUGAAAGUAGCGUUUAGUAAUCGUGAAAGUUUUACCCAUUUUAUCAAUUGAGGACAGGAUCUUUAUGAGUGGGAACGUUUUCAAUCAGUAAAAGGUCAGCCGGUGGACGUGUCGGCUCCUGGGCGCGCAUCAUCUUAGUGUUUAAAGCUAAUAACAGACUGGAGAGGAGCAUGGCACGACCUCUCCAGGUACUCUCGUUUCUUUCUAGACUCCGUAAUUCCUUAGUGACCCCUUCAGUAUCUCAUAGUUGUGGAUUCUCAAGCAGAGGACCCAGCCAGGGCUGGCUGGGACGGAGAGAUGGAGAGGGCGACCUGGACGAGGUGGAGGACAAGCUCCAGGAGCUGAUGGAUGAAGGGAAAAAAAGGCAGAAGACAGUGAAGUAUCACAUGGUGAGGAAGAAGAUGACCCCAUCGGGAGCUCCAGAGAGAAGGUUAAGCUGGGAUGCAAUUGAGCAGAUCAGAUAUCUCAAGAAAGAGCAGCCUGAGGAGUGGACGGUGGAGCGUCUGGCCGAGGGCUUCUGUGUCACACCUGAUGCCAUUCUGAGGGUCUUGAGGAGUAAAUUCACCCCUUCUCUGGAGAAAAAAGCCAAGCAGGAUGCUAAAGUAAUGGCAAGACUUGGUCAGCAGGUGCUCCCCUCAGGUGCAGGUACACAACAGGACCAGCUGAAACUGGCAGGAAACAGCACAACUAACAUGCUCCUUUUGGGGAGCAUGGACAGCGCUUUGGUCCCCGUGUCUGGCCAGACUCAGGUGAUUCAAGGCAGAGACUCGGGAUCUCCAGUUAGAAGUCUGGCACCUGUUACUGUUCCGUCCUCCCAGUUGACAGCUGGUAUUAAUGAAGAUGCCAUGGUGACAACGUCAACAGUAGAGAGCAUUACUGGGGAAAGCCCCGAAGAGGAGGACGAGGACGGCUGGGACGGAGUUGUGUUGACAGAGGAAGAACUUGAAGAGUUUAUGGAAAUGGAAAAGCCCUCUCCUGUGGUGCAGCUAGGAAAUGAAUUCUUUGACGCAGAAGGAAACCUCUUGUACAGAAUUUGAGGUUAUCCUUUACUGAGGUGUUGAAUGUAUGUUAAGGUUGGCCUUUUUUUUUCUCAUCAUUUCACUCCUUCGGUAGUCACCAGCUCAGUGACACUGCUUACAAUAUGUUGCCUAGAAAUAAAACAAAUCUUUGCAUUCUUUUGUAAUCUAUUUAUUGAGCAAUUUCCUUUUAUAUGAUGGCUUACUUCACAUAUUAAACUAUUGUUCUUGGUUUUAUAUUUGAAGAUAUCUGUAAAUUAACUAUAAAAUUAUAAGGGUUAAUUAUUAAAGGAAAUUACAGAAAAUGUAUAUGGAAAUGUCCAAGUACAACCUGAAAAAUUGAGUUUUGUGAAAUAAAAUGCAACACUGAAUUUAAAUAUGUGGUGACUUGAAUAUGUG